AUGAAAAACACCGCAGCCACCAUUCCUCCUCUCAACCAAAGAAAACUCUCAAAUAGUUUAAAUUCGAGUGGGUUAAGAGAGCUAAAGUCAGACCAGGACUUGUCGUCCUCACUUAACAAGUUGAGCUUCUUUAAACCCCAAAGUGCUUCCAUGCAUCGCCCUCCAGUACAACAUGUAACGAGAGGAGAAAGUUAUAAAAGUCUUCCGAGGCCCAAAACAUCAACUCAUCUAUCGAAAUCGACGAUAACUAACGUAUCAGCAACUCUACCUCUAACUUCCCGUAUCUCUCCAUCCCAUACACCAAAAUCCCCAAACAAUCAUGUUCCGAAUAUCUCGUUUUCUCAAGCUAGAACUCCGAGCAGUCAGGACGAUUUUCCUCGUAAAACACAAAAACCACCUCUUAUCAUUAACGUUUAUCCUUCUCUUCCCAAUAGAUUUACUUAUGAAUCGGACGAUCUUGCCCAUUUCUUGACAGUGUUGAAAUCAUGUAAACCGCCUUUAUAUCCCAUAACCAUGCAAGAACAAGAAAAAAGAAAACAAGUAUAUUCGACUCUUGCUUUCAUCAUGUCAGCAUUUCAAUAUCAUGACAAAAUAGUGCACGCAUCUGUGGAGCCAGAUGAACACAGCAUUCAAAAUGUUUCGUACGGUCAUCCUCAAGACCUUUUUCAAGUUUGUUGCUAUUUAUUGAGAGAAAACUUGAGUUACACAAGCGAAAUUGAUAACUUAAAGUCUCAAAUUUUAGAGAAGGAUCGAAAGAUUGAAGAGUUCCACAAAAAGUAUGAAUCCACAAAUGAUCAUGACCUUGUAAAACAUCAACCAUCAGAGAACGACCUCAAACAUCUCGAGGAAUCUGUCUCGAAACUAGAGGAUGACAUUUACCAUCAUGAUCCAAUUUUGUACAAAGAAAUAAUGGAAAAAGCUGAAGAGGAGGAGCUUUUGCACAAUUUAACGAACACGGAAGGUUCCAAAGAGUUCUUCAACACAAAAGAUGCUGUCCCUAGGCUGCCUGCUGUCAUUCGAAAUGCUGAAGCAAAAAGAAAUGCAAAAAAACGAGGAGAUACUCCUUACGAAGAAUUGGAUCAUGCCCAAAAAUACACACAAUGUCUGCAAUAUAAGAUGAGACUAUUGGAAAACCUAAUUUUUGUUCUUAAAAAGAAAAUUCAAAGAUAUGAACAGUCUGACUCUGAGGUCAAGCAAUUAGUGAAGCAGUGGGGAUCUUUACCUGAGCUUCUAAGGGAGAAUGAAGCAAUGAAAAAAGAGCUCAAUUUCUAUAAUUGGGUGACACAACGAUUUGACACCGAGUUGUUGCUUAAACACAAAUAUCUAUACCUUGACGACGUUUAUAUGCUUCGAUCUGUUAUUUUCGCUUUGCAAAAUGAAUUGUUUGUUGCUCAACAAGGUCUUGCUAAAUACAACGAUAUUGAAAACAAGCUUCUGAGAAUUAUGACAACCAAAUCUGCACAAAAUAACACAUCAAAACAUUUCAGCUUGGAGGACCUAAUGACAGAUCUGUUCAUGACAGAAAAGCAAAAAUUCGAGUAUGAGAAAAAGAAAGAAGCCAAAAGAAUGGUAGCUGAAGAGAACAACAAGAGCAUUUCGAAGGAUGAAGAACCAGAGCCAUCAGUUAUGGAUUUAAGAAACAAGAUUCGAACGUUAGAGCACGAGAACAAAUUCUUAUCAAAUCAACUCUCGAGAUUGGAACAACAAGUUACAGAUUUGACAAGUGCCAUGGAGUUGUUGAACGAAGAGGUAACAGGAGAGAGAAAAGUUGAAAUCAAAGAACGAGAAACAAUGAUAAGAAAACUUACCUCGAGAAUUGACCAUCUUAAUAAGGCAACAACGGACAGAGAAGUGUAUUUCUUAUUCCAGCAAAAUCUGGUCCAAGAGUUAACUGAAAAGAGAGAUAAAUUAUUCGCUGAAAAUGCUUUGACCAAUGAAAAGCUAAUCAACACUCGAAAUGAAGUUGUUGAGCUCACACAAAAGCUCAGUCAUCAAGCCAAUGGUCUUCAUGUGAUGUACCAAAUUACUUCUUCCCUGCUAUUUUACUUUAUAAAAACAAGCACUGGAAAGGAGCUUGAUUCAAAAUUAUCGCCUGAGAGUAAUGUAAAACUUAUGUUCCGAGACGUGUUUACUUUGUACAUGUUCAAGAUGAAUGCUUCUGUUAAAUUGCAAUCUUGGUUUCGAGGAAUAUUGACAAGGAAAAGGUUGUUGAAAUCGGAAAAACAUGCAAGCUUUGUGUCUAAGAUGUUGAAAAAGAGAAAAUUCAAUGCGUUCAACCAUGAACGAGAAAAGCCACUUCGAUGUUCAGAAGAACCUCCUUUAUUUUCGGUAUUUGGCGACUUUUUGAAAGUGAUAUCCUCAUUUUCCAAUCAAUCCAGUGAAAUGUUAAAACAGACGCAAGGUCUCAUACAAGCAUUUAAAGAAGAAAUUACCGAUCGAUUCAAAUCAAAGAUUGAGCAAGACCUAGCAAGCUUCAAAGAAGAGCAGCUUCAGUACAGUCAGCGCCUUAUGACAGCUCUUAAAGAAGUUGUUUUGAAGCCAAAAGGAGAGCGAUCAUGCCAGACUGAAACAAUUCAACGAAAGAGCAGAGGCAUUCAACACGGUGUGGCCCAGGUCACAAAUGUUGAGCUGAGAAAGUAA